ACUUAUUUUCGUAUUCCUGAGCUUUUGCUCGCGGAAUGCUCUAUAAAUAUGGACGGCACGCUGGACUGAAUUUCAGUGUAACAACACUCGCACUCGCUUUCGGUUCUUGUUACGUUACGACAUAACUAAACAACCAUGGACGAUGCAGAUGAGCAGAAGAUGGCGAUGCUCCGCAAAGCCUUCCAGAUGUUUGACACGACCAAGUCCGGGUACAUAGAUGUACUGAAGAUCUCUACCAUCCUCAACACCAUGGGUCAGCUGUUCGACGACUCCGAACUCCAGGCCCUCAUUGAUGAAAAUGACCCAGAAAGGGCUGGAAAAAUCAAUUUUGAUGGUUUCUGCAACAUCGCCUCCCAUUUCUUAGAAGAGGAGGACGCUGAAGCUAUGCAACAAGAACUGAAAGAAGCUUUCAGAUUAUACGACAGAGAAGGCAACGGAUACAUCACAACAUCAACACUGAAGGAAAUCCUCGCCGCACUAGAUGACAAACUGAGUAACGCCGACCUUGAUGGCAUCAUUGCUGAAAUCGACACAGACGGCUCCGGAACUGUAGAUUUCGAUGAAUUCAUGGAAAUGAUGACAGGAGAUUAAGGAACAUUACCAAUUUAUCGUAUAGGAUAUACUUAAGUGUGGUUGAAGGAACUGUUAGUGCUAGUUACAAUAUUAGCAUAGAAUUUUAAUCUAUCUUAUAGAUAGGAGUGAUGUAUUCGUUCUUAAGGAUUAUUUCCAAAAUAAUUUACAUGAUACGAAUGUCAUAAUAACAACAUUUUUUAUUUCUACUUAAAUAAUAUAUUUAUUUACAGUU